GGGCAGCAAAGUACACAAGACCACUAUCGGUACGCUCGCUCCAAUUGAAGAUCUUUUCCUCUUCGGCCUUGACCAUCUCAAGUCCAAUAUUAUCUUCAAGGGCGUAUUCGAGGUCUUCCUCUUCCAUUUCGAGGAUCGCGCUGAAGGCGGUGAGGAGGUGGAUGUUGAGAAAGUCUUGAUUGGCGUGCCAGAGGCGGGUGUGGGCGAAGAUGAAGGUGCCGAUGAGGCGGCGCUCUUUGUCUGUCUCGUGCUUGCUUGAGGAAGGCAUGUCGACUCGUUCUUGCCUGGACAACAGGUUGAGCGCUGGAUCUAGAUUGGUCAAAUCGCGCACUUACUGCUGUCUGAUGUUACGGAUGAGAUGCUGGACUGGCCGAGGACUCGAGACGCGAAUAUGGAGGUGUUGUUUCAAGCGGAAGUAUCGAAAAAGCAGUGAGACCUUUCAGUCUUAUCAUUAUCAGCAACAUCACCACGACAGACCACAAGCGAUCAAUGGUCUAUCUUACUACCGACAUUUCCAAGAGCCAACCUCACCAGCUCAACAUCAUCGGCACUUAACACGAAGGCGGAAAACCACGCUAUUGUCCGCUGGAGGAUUUCACGGUCUGACAAUCACCACAGCCAGUCUCACCCGCACGUCAAGACGCGCAUCCGGUACCAUCACGAACGCUUCAGCACUGCUCUCUCCCGCCUCGCAUCGUCCGUGACUGUGCCGUCGUUCCCGCUACUACGACUCCUUGUAACGAAGCGCGAGAGCCUGCAGAACCACCCCCGAUGCGAGCGUCCGCGCAAAUUCAAGCCGGGUCAUGAUACGGACGACGCAUCACUCUCCCGCUCUCGCGGCCCAACCAGCGCCCUCGUGCUGCCAUUCAAUGCGAUCUUGUCCGAAUUGCGGAACCUGAGCGAUGGAGAUUAU